UGUUUAAAUUGUAUUUUUUUAUAUGUAUAAUGGCAUUUUUUGUUUGUUCUGAAUUUGCACUAUUGUGAUGUGUGUUCUGUCGUAGUUAGCGUUUGUAUGUGCAAUUUGUUCACUAUAAGAUUUAGAAAAAAACAAAAGAUUCUAUUUCCGUGUUCCUGCAGGACUGAACCAUUCCGGAGAGCGGGUGUGGAUUAGGGUUUCGAAGGUUUACCAUUUUGCGUGACACCAGGAAAGACUAAAAUAACUUUAUCCACCACGGAAACGAUCAUUUUUGCUGAUGUGAAACUUGGAUUAGUAUGUUAUGUAUAUACUUGUUAUUUUCUUGUCAGUCGUGUGCAGCCAGUGGAAUCUUCCUUAAACCCUGUCCAUACCGCGGUCGCCGUUGUGGAGUGACGUCACAUCUGUCCGUGAAGUCGAGGUCGUCUUUAUUUCUCGACUUUGCAACUCAGACCUUCCGGUUCGAAGGGGCGUUCAAGUGCACUUUUCUUAGUUGAAAGUCGGAGAAAGCCCGACCUCCUGUAAUGGUAUAAUUUGAUGUUAAAACGAUGUGUGAGCAGGCGGCGGAGUAUUUUCAGGGUCAGCUAAAGAAGAGAGACGCUGCUGAGCUGCGAUGGUCACACGCAGUGAACAGCAGAAGCAAACUGACCGAAGCUCUUCAAGGUCCUACUCAUAUGAUUGAGGCUGACAUAAUUGUAAGAGGCUAUGACCCUAAGGAGCCAGUCAUGGGCCACCCUCCUGACACUGACAGUGACAUCACAUUGAAAGAGUGGCUUGAAUGUGUCACAUUGCAUGACAAGGGGAUCAAGCUAGACUUCAAGAGCCUGGAGGCGGUGUCUCUUUCCGUGGCCCUGUUGCAGCAAGCGUUGGUUCAGAUGACCUCUCCUGUGUGGGUCAAUGCCGAUAUCCUUCCAGGACCUGGAAUUCCGAACAAACCACUGGAGCCUCAAGCUUUCUUGGCAGCUGUAAAGUCUCUUCCCACUAAUAUUGUACUCUCCCUUGGCUGGAUCACAAAGUGGACCACAGGGACUGACAAUCCAGGUUACAGUUGGGAAAUGGUGCAUGAGAUGCAGGACAUCUGUCGAGGCUUGGAACAUCUUGUCACCUUCCCAGUACGGGCGGCCCUUUUGGCCCAGUCUGUCUCUCAACUCGCAUGGCUGCUGCAACAGUCAGACAGCCUUGACAAACAUCUAGUGAGCAAGUGGAACAACAAGGCAAUGUGUUCUUGGGCCCACAGACUGCGUAGGCGGCUCAAACUGUGCUUCCUAUUGUGAUUUAGGUGAGUGGUGCAGCACAAAGCAGAAAAGGUGAAAGUAGAUGAGUGCGAUGAUUCAUUCAAUCAGUCACGGUACAGAAACAGCUUAGUUUUGCCAAGUGAGGUCUCACAGGAAUACAGCUACAGCAUAUGAAUUGUGUACAAACCUGUCCCUCCAUCAUUCAGAUAUCGAUGCAGUUUUGUUAUCAAAAGGUCCCAUCAGUUACUUGAGCAACAUUGGGGAAGCCUUCUCUAUUAAUUAAUGCAUGAGAGAAUUACUGUAUGUGUUACAAUUGCCCCAUGAUGUGCUUGUGCAUAUUAAAAAAUUUUG